AUGUCGAACUGGUCAACCCCGGACUUUCAGGAAGGAGCUUGCGCAGUCCCGGGAGUGGCCGGCGAGCCGGCCGAGCUAGAAUGUCCCCUUCCGAUCCCACUCCCAGUGAAUAAAGAACAAAAGCCAAGACCGUGUGCACCUGCUCUUCAAUUGGCACCAGUUAUCAACAGCCCCAGGACAGUGUUCGUGAAGGCGACGAUGUUGGAAGGACCAGUUGAAUUUUCAGAAGCUGAAUACCCACAAACUGAGUAUGAGCGACGACAGCAGUUCUGGGACCCUAUCCGGCUGUCCCUUUUCACCCUGGUGAUUGCAGCUAUAAUAGGAAUUGCCAUUGGCAUCGUUACUCAUUUUGUGGUCGAGGAUGAUAGGUCAUUCUACUAUCUUGCCUCUUUCAAAGUCACAAAUAUCAAAUACAAAGAAAAUUAUGGAGUGAAGUCCUCAAGAGAGUUUAUAGAAAGGAGUCAUCAGAUUGAAAGAAUGAUGUCAAGGAUAUUUCGCCGUUCUUCUGGAGUGGGUCGCUUUGUCACAUCACAUGUCAUCAGAUUAAGUCCAGACAAACAAGGCUUGAGCGUCCUGAUGGUGUUGACCUUCCGGUACCCUGCCACGGACAGCACCGAACAAAUCAGGAAAAAGAUUGAAAGAAUUUUUUACCAAAAUCUAAAGAUCAAACAGUUGCCUCUGACUAUAAACAAACCAUCAUUUAGUCUUACAGCUAUUGACGGCAAAAAGAUGAGAAAUCUUCUCAACAGUCGCUGUGGGAUAAGGAUGACCUCCUCAAACAUGCCAUUACCAGCAUUCUCCUCUACUGAAAGGAUCGUCCAAGGACGGGAAACAGCCAUGGAAGGGGAGUGGCCCUGGCAGGCCAGCCUUCAGCUCCUGGGGGCCGGUCACCAGUGCGGGGCCAGCCUCAUCAGCAACACAUGGCUGCUCACCGCCGCUCACUGCUUUCGCAAAAAUAAAGACCCAAGUCAGUGGAUUGCUACUUUUGGUACAACUAUCACACCACCUGCAGUGAAAAGAAGUGUGGGGAAAAUUAUUGUUCAUGAAAACUACCACAGAGAGACCAACGAAAAUGACAUUGCUUUGGCUCAGCUGACCACCCGGGUUGAGUUUUCAAAUAUAGUCCAGAGAGUUUGCCUCCCAGAUCCCUCUACAAACUUGCCACCUAAAACAAGUGUAUUUGUCACAGGAUUUGGGUCCAUUGUAGAUGACGGACCCACACAAAACAAACUUCGCCAAGCCCAGGUGGAAAUCAUAAGCACUGAUGUGUGUAAUAGAAAGGACGUGUAUGACGGCCUCAUCACUCCAGGAAUGUUGUGUGCGGGAUUCAUGGAAGGAAAAGUAGAUGCAUGUAAGGGUGACUCUGGUGGGCCUCUGGUCUAUGACAACCAUGACAUUUGGUACAUUGUAGGCAUCGUAAGUUGGGGACAAUCAUGUGCUCUUCCUAAGAAACCUGGAGUCUACACGAAGGUGACUAAAUACCGAGACUGGAUCACCUCAAAAACAGGCAUCUAG